AUGUGCAACUAUGCGCCCGACCGCGGGCUCGUCAAGAACGCCCGGGUCGUAAUUGUUCGCUUGGGCAAGAAGAUCAUCACCGUGCGCAUCUUGCGGGGCGUCGGUGGGACGGCGGACAUUGGGUCCAGGGGCGCGGAGGAUGUGCCUAUCAGCAGGAUUCCAUUCACGACGAAGCUCGAAAGCGGGCACACGCUCGUUCGGAGGCAAUUUCCGCUCGCACCAGCAUAUGCGACGACGUUCAACAGCUGCCAGGGGCUCACGCUGGACGUGGUGGGGGUCGAUCUUACGCGGCCGGUUUUCUCGCAUGGGCAGCUUUAUACGGCUUUGUCGCGGAUCCGCCAUAGAAGUCACGCAAGAGUACGCAUGCAUCCGUUUCAGAAGUAUACCAAGAACGUGACGUAUCAUGAAGUUUUGCUCUAG